UAAAUUUCAGCCUUCAACUUAAGACGUCCUCUCAACCACGUUAAACUGAAAAUGUCAUUCCAAUUUAAGAUUCACCACUAACCAAAAAAAAAAACAAAAAUCAAUUAUUUAGAAUUAUGGAAUCCUCUAAAAUCUCCCUGAAACGAGCCAUAUCCAGUACGUCACCAUCAAAUCAGAAAAUUCGAAAAUUGGAAGUAGAUUCUUACACUUGCGUCGAGGAACAUACUCAAUUUCAGGACGAUAUAAGGUGUUCAAUUUGUUCGGAAAUACUGAUGAAAGCCACAACGUUGAAUUGUUCUCAUAGUUUUUGCAAAUACUGUAUAGAUCGAUGGACCGCUAAGCAGUCUGAUUGUCCCAUAUGCCGUUCCAAAAUCAUACACCAAGUUCCUACGUUGGUCCUGGAUAAUAUUAUUGAAAACAUCGUCCACAGUCUACCGAAAGCCUUGCAGAAACACAGAGAAAAAUUGAUGGCAGAACGAGAAAAGAAAUCGAUGAAAAGCAAAAACAAAAGCGGUUGGAUCAAAAUGAGACGUAUGAACGGCUUGAGCAGCUACUACAUGGUUCCGAAGUACGUCAACGCGAGACGUCAUCUCAACGAAGUGACCAUUAUGUAUUUUGAAGACGACCCAGAGUGGGAAGACUUAGGGGAGGAAAACGACCUUCGGUGCCAAAAUUCGGCUACAGCUACCGAUGAAAUCGAAGUUAUAGAUAUAAAUACUUAAAAAAAGGAGUUUUGGUGGUUAAAAUUAAAACCUGCGUUUCAUGCUAUGUAAUUUUGCUGCUAUAUCUUGAUAGUUUGAGGGGUUUAUUGGAAUUUUAAUCAAUGCUUGCUACCAACCAUAAUAUUUGUUUAUUUUGUCUAGAUUAUUGUAUUCAUUAGAUUGUAUCUUUUUCAAUGUAACCUCAAAUUAUAACUAAUUUAAUGAAUAUAAAAGAUCCAAUAACGGUUAGUAUCUUUUUACCAGGUUGGUAUUCCGAAAAUCACUACAUAAUUGUAUCCAACAUAUUCUAUAUUUAUUUUAUAGCAUAAUACAUUUCUUGCAGCAAAAAUUCAUAACAUGAAACUUGAUAAAAAGAUAUAUUAACACGAACUUCUUUUUUUGUAUGUAUUCACUUUCAUUUGGUGCUAUUUUGAAACAAAGAAC